AUGGCGACAAAUGGUCCAAGCCCCUCAUCCAGUCGCCUCUUCUACAUCCGCGACCGUAACUCCACCCGACGUUUCCUAGUUGAUACCGGCGCAGAGGUCAGCGUUAUUCCAGCGACCAGCACUGACCGUCGGCAAUCCCCCCUGUACCACCUUACUGCCGUCAACGGUUCGAAGAUCCCCGUAUUCGCGCAGCGCUCUUUAACGCUGAACUUGGGUCUCCGGCGCGAAUUCCGCUGGAUGUUUCUGGUCGCCCACGUCAACCAACCAAUUUUGGGCGCGGACUUCUUGACCAACUACCACCUCUUGGUCGACAUCCGCACUCGCAAGCUCAUUGACUCCAAUACUAACCUAGCUGUCACUGGCAUACGUUCUUCCUUAUCUUUACGUGUUGCCUUUUACCACGACACCAGCAAUGCCUUCAGCGCCAUUCUUAAGGACUUCCCCGAACUCACCCGGCCACCUGACUGGUCGAAGCCAGAAAUGCAUCGUGUACUCCAUCACAUCGAGACUAAAGGAGCACCUGUGUUUACUCGACCACGCCGACUGCCCCCGGAAAAGCUGAAGAUCGCUCGUGAAGAAUUUAACCACAUGCUUGACAUGGGAAUUAUUCGUCCCUCUUCUAGCAGCUGGGCAUCGGCGCUACACAUGGUGCCGAAGAAGACAGGUGAUUGA